GUGGCGGCGGCGGCGGCCGGGCCAUCCGAGGCCGACGUGCUCCUCUCUUUCCGGGCGACCCUGCGCGGGCCCACGGGCGACCGCCCGCCGGCGCCGCUGGACCAGUGGGUCACCUCCCCCGGCUCCGGCCCGUGCGGCCUGCCGGUGUGGUACGCCGUGCGGUGCCACCCGGUCACGAACCAGGUGCUCGUCCUCCGCCUCGAGUACCUCGGCCUCCAGGGCCCCGCCCCCGACAUGGCGCCGCUCGCGGGCCUCCCGGGCCUCCGCUCGCUCAGCUUCGCCAACAACAACCUCACCGGCGCCUUCCCCGCGGGGCUCUCCAAGCUCGGGAUGCUCAAGCUGCUCUACCUCUCCCGCAACCGCCUCUCCGGCGACAUCCCCGACGACGCCUUCGCCGCCAUGAAGGGGCUCAUGAAGCUAUACCUCACCAACAACGACUUCACCGGCCACAUCCCGGGCUCCAUCGUCACGUCGCCCAAGCUCCUCCUCGUCGACGUCUCCAACAACAACCUCUCCGGCCCCGUCCCCGAGCAGCUCCAGCGGUUCGGCGUCGCCGCGUUCCAAGGCAAUGAAGGUAUGUGCGGCCCGCCGCUGGCCAUCGCGUGCCCGCCAACAUCACCAAUAGGCGCCUCAUCACCGUCGUCGGAUUCAUCAAACAGCCUAAAGAUCCUCAUGAUCAUUGCCAUCGCAGUGGUCGCGGUCGGUGGCCUCCUCGCUAUCGCUGGCAUAAUCUUGGCGCUUCUCGCCCGACGCAAAGACGACGCCACCGAGACGCUCGGCGGCAGCGGUGACGCCGCCACCGCGGCCAAGCUGCAGGCCACCGCCGAGCCGGCCAUCAAGAUCGAAAAGCGUGACAUGGAACAGACGGGCUCGGUGACGGCGGUGCCGGCGAAGCGCGGCGGGCGGCGCGACGGGCUGGUGUUCCUCCAGGAGGGCGGGCCGCGGUUCGAGCUGGAGGACCUGCUCCGGGCCUCGGCGGAGGUGCUGGGCAGCGGCAACUUCGGCGCGUCGUACAAGGCGACGCUGCUGGACGGGGCGUCCAUGGUGGUGAAGCGGUUCAAGGAGAUGAACGGCGCCGCGCGGCAGGACUUCAACGAGCACAUGCGCCGCCUGGGCCGCCUGUCCCACCCGAACCUCAACCCGGUGGUGGCCUACCUGUACAAGAAGGACGAGAAGCUGUUCGUGACGGAGCACAAGGCGAACGGCGGCCUGGCCGCGUUCCUCCACGGCGGCGAGAGGUCGGGCCUGCCGAAGCUGGACUGGGCGGCGCGGCUGCGGAUCGUCAAGGGCGUGGCGCGCGCGCUGGCGUACCUGUACGAGGAGCUGCCCAUGCUGACGGUGCCGCACGGCCACCUCAAGUCCUCCAACGUGCUCCUCGACGACAAGCUGGAGCCGGUGCUCAGCGACUACGCGCUGGUGCCCGUGGUGACGCCGCAGCACGCGUCGCAGGUGAUGGUGGCGUACAAGUCGCCCGAGUGCGCGGCGGCGCAGGGCGGCAAGGCGAGCAAGAAGAGCGACGUGUGGACGCUGGGGAUCCUGGUGCUGGAGCUGCUCACGGGCAAGUUCCCGGCCAACUACCUGCGCAAGGGGCGCGAUCAGGACACCAUGAUGGACCUGGCCGGCUGGGUCAACUCCGUGGUGCGCGAGGAGUGGACCGGCGAGGUCUUCGACAAGGACAUGGGCGGCACCCGCAGCGCCGAGGGGGAGAUGGUCAAGCUGCUCAAGGUCGGCCUCGCCUGCUGCGACGCCGACGUCGCCGCCCGCUGGGACAUCAAGGAGGCGCUCGCACGCAUCGAGGAGGUCCGGGAGCGGGACCCCGACGACAGCAGCACCGCAUCCUCCUACCUCAGCGACGGCGGCGCCGGCGACCAGCCCAACUACAUCUCCACGUGA